UGGGGGCAGAAACCUCAGCUGGGUUUUGUGCACAUUGGAAGGGGAGGAGCCACAGAAGGUGUCUGUCUGGUGGAGGAGAAGGUGACUGUCCCAGUGGAGGCCUGGAAUCCUCCAGGGGCAAGAUCGGGCUUGGUUGUGGUGACAUCCCAGUGAGGGAGCUGAGGGCACUGAGGCCUGAGGAACUCCCCAGGAGGGGAGGAGAAAAAGUCCUUGCUCACUUCUCCUCACACCUGUCCCUCCUCACCAGGCACUGGCUUCUGAAACGCUGAGCCACCAUGGAGUCCCCCCAGAAUGAGAAUUCAGACGAACACUCUGAUACAAUCGGAAGUGAACCCUCAAGAUCUGAAGAGGACUCGGCUCGGUCUCCUACCGAAAUGCAGCAGGACUCACUUGAACGCGAAAUACCGAAGGAGUCAGUUGAAAUACAGGUGCAGUUAGUUGAAAUGCAGCAGCAGCUAGGUGCAAUCCAUCAGGAGUCAGGUGAAAUGCAGCAGAAAUUAGGUGCAAUCCAUCAGGAGUCAGGUGAAAUGCGGCAGAAGUUAGGUGCAAUGCAGCAGGAGUCAGGUGAUGUGCGGCAGCAGUUAGGUGCAAUCCAUCAGGAGUCAGGUGAAAUGCAGCAGAAGUUAGAUGCAAUCCAGCAGGAGUCAGGUGACAUGCGGCAGCAGCUGGGUGCAAUCCAGCAGGAGUCAGGUGACAUGCGGCAGCAGUUGGGUGCAAUCCAGAAGGAGUCAGGUGAAAUGCGGCAGCAGUUGGGUGCAAUCCAGAAGGAGUCAGGUGAAAUGCGGCAGCAGUUAGGUGCAAUCCAGAAGGAGUCAGGUGAAAUGCAGCAGGAGUUACCUGAAAUGCGGAAGGAGUCACAUGCAAUGUGGCAGGAGUUAGGUAAAAUGCUGCAGGAGCUACCUGAAAUUCGGCAGCAGUUAGGUAAAAUGCAGCAGGAGUCAGGUGAAAUGCGGCAGGACUUACGUGUCAGUGAAAGGCGGCAAGAGUUACGAGAAAGUGAAAUGCGGCAGGAGUUACUUCAAAGUGAAAUUUGGCAGGAGUUGCAUGAAAUUUGGCAGGAGUUACAUGAAAUGCAGCGGGAGUUCCGUGAAAAGCAGCAGAAGUUACGUGAAACUCAGCCAAAGUCAGGUUCCAGUUGCAAGAAGCCUACUGGCCCCUCUGGAUCCGCAAGAGUUCGUGGAUCCAGGAUCUCAGGGAGGUCAUUGUAACUAUUUUGCAGAAAACAAUCCAGGAGGUGCUACAGCCACUGCCAAAUUGGUUGCAGUACUUGCUGGCCAUUCUGUUGAAGGUGCUGCCCAUAGAACUGAAGGUAUUAGCAGCAAUGUGAAGACUGUCUGCAGCUCCCCUGGCCCUGGGCAUCUAGGGCCAGCCAGGAGCCUGUGGCCACAGGUCGAAGCCUCUGAUUCCCACAGUGCUGGCCUUUGCCCCCCUGCUAACCCUCGCUGACCCACCCUGGACAUCCCUGCUAAGUCCCUCCCUGUGCUGCCCUUACUCCCCACCCGCAAAGCCCUCCUUACUGCCUGGCUUUCCUUCCCCAGGUCUCACUGGUCGCUCUGGUCCCAGUACCCAGCUCACAGCAGGUCUUAGUAAAAGUUGGUUGAACAAUGAAUGGAUUAUCUAAUAUAAUAAUAGCACAAACAGCAAAAGACAGAAUACAUAAAUGGGACCUCAUAAAAAUAACAAAACUUUUGUUCAUCAAAAGAUUUUACCAAAAAAUUAACAGACAAGCUUCCGACCAGGAGAAUAUCUUUGAAAACCAUGUAUCUGACACGAAUCUAAUAACCAAAUUUCAACAACUUAACAACAAAACACAAUAACCCAAUCAUAAAAUGGUCAAAGGACUUGAAUAGACAUUACACCAAAGAGGACAUUCAAAUGGCCACCAAACACUU